CCAAAAGCCACACCCAAAAGCCACAGCCAUAACUCACAAGACAAGGAGCAAUUUCUGAACCCACACCAGCCCAGCUCAGCCCAAGCACCUCAAAACUGCCAUGCCAUGGCAGGGAGCCGGUACCUGCACUGCGGCCUUAGAGUUCACGAUGCGUACGCGUGGUAUAAUAGCUGUCGCUGGCGCCGCGUUGAUUAAUUCCCGAACCUCAUGUACCAACCGCUCUUCCCGCAAAGUUUUUAAUCUACACGGGAACCGCUAGAUCCUUUACUGCCGCUCACAUCCGCCUCCCCUGUCCACUUCUUCCAUUUCCGUGCUCCUCUCCUUCAUUUUCGGCUUCACACAUACGGGUAGUAGCCUAUCUGAUUCUUCCCUCAUCCAUCGCCGUCUUCUUGCUAAAAUGGCGUCGAAUCGCGUCGAUUCUUCGCGAGCGGGCAAACCGGAAAAGCCAGCGUCGAUUGUGACAAAAUCCCCUGGUCGAGCACGAGCGAAUCGCGUCGCAUCGAAGAAUCGGCCGCCGCUGCCAGCGCUGAUGCCUGACGCUCCUCCAGCCAAGAACGCGGUGAUCGCCCAGAAGCCGGAAGCCGCGGGUGGCGGGGGAGAGGCGAAGCGCGUCCGCAACGGAAAGCGCGAACGGCCGUCAUCUGCCAAUGGCGCACCGGUGACGAACGGCAAGAAGAACGGCAAGGAGCCGGCGACGACUCAGAAGGCGGCUCCUGGGAAAACUGGUGAACUCGCGGCGACGGGAACGAAAGGGAAGGCGCCUUCUAAUAAGGCGCAAGGCAAACGCCCUCUUGAAGGCUCUUCGGCGGAAGGAGCGACGACGAAGGCUCCAGCGACAGAGCACCGCUCAAAGACGACGAAAGAGCCGGCCAUUGCGAAGGCUCAGGGUGCGAAAGGCUGCGACGGCGCGAAGCAGGCGGCGAAACAGGCUGCGACGUCGCCAUCGUCGCCGUCGUCGUCGCCGGCCUGCCAGUCGGCUCAAGAGCGAUCCAAGAUCCUGAAAACAGCGCUGCUGAACAUGGCGAAGCGGCAGCCCAAGAGCCCCGAGGUGCACUUCUUCCUCGCGCUGCACUUCCUCCGCGACCACCUCCCCGCCAAGGCAUUGGCUGCGUUUGAAGCGGCGGCGGCAGCAGUGGCAGCACUGCCAGAGGAGAGAAUAUCGCAGGCUAGGAGGGACCUGCAUUCUGCUGCUCACCGCCACAUGGCGCAGUGUCAUUUGGAAAUGGCUAUGCUCGCUGCACCCGGUGCUCCUUCUGAUGCUGACCAACUCCAACACCAACACCAACACCACAUCCCGAUACAGCAGCAGCAGCUUGCGCAGCACUCAAAGGAUGCGGAUGCGUCUGCUCGGACCGUGGCAGCAGGGCAGAAGCAAAGCAGCUCCAAGGCGCAGGCCAAGGCGCAACCCACGGCGCAGCCAAAAGCACAAGCAAAAGCACAAGGAAAAGCGCCACCCAAGGGGGCGAAGAGGGGUGCAAAGGUGGCGCAGCAGCAAGCGCAGGCGAAGGGGGGGAAGGGGGGAAAGGGAGAGAAGGCAGGAGGGAGGGCGAGUGGCAACAGCACGCACAAACGGAAGCAGGAGGCGGAAUCUGCUCUCGAGGCGCCGAGGGCCGAACACAGUAUGCUCAGAGUGGCGGAGGGUGCCGACGCUAGUGGGAAAAGGAGGUUCGGGGGGGCGGGAGAGGGAGGUGGCUUGGAGGGUGUGGAUGGGGAGGAGGGGAGUGAGAGGGGGAGGAAGAGAGUGCGGAGUGCUCUGGACAUGUUUGCGGCAGUGGCUGACCUGGAGUCGAGGAAGGAGGAGAGGAAGGAGGAGGAGGGGAAGCGUGGUUUUGAGACGUCUCAAACCGAGGUGACUUUUGAGGCGUCGCAAUUUGAGACGGCUGCCGAUACUUCUAUCGCUCUGGACAUGUUUGCUGCGGUGGCUGACCUUGAGUUGAGGAAGGAAGAGAGGCGGAAGCAGGAGGGUCAGGGACAGGCCUCUGCCCCUGCGCCUAUACAGACACGGAGUGGCCUGCCAAAGGGAGAGGCGGAAAGGGAGGAGGAAGAGAUGGAGAGGGAGGAGGGAGGCGCUGGGGGGUGUGGGGAGGCAUUUGUGGGGGAGGAGAAGGUGAGGGAGGAAAGUGUGGAGGAGGACGGAAGAGAGGUGGAUGAGGAGGAGGAGGAAGAGGAGGAGGAAGAGAGGGAGGAAGAAGGUGUUGUGAUUCGCAAUGUGAUGCGUCAUUUGACGCUGGCUGCUGCAAAUGAUCGCUCUUCUGCCAUCGCUGCUGCCACCGCCACCGCCGCUGCUGCUGCUGCUGCUGCUGCUGCAGAUGGUCCGGGUGGUGUAGCUGCGGACGCGAAUGGAUCUGCAGCGCAUGCAACUGGUAUACCACCUGCUGCUGCUUCUGCAACUGCUGCUGCUGCUGCUGCAAAUCACACGGAAGGGCAGACAGUGACAGACUCCGUUGCAGGAGUGGGUGCUGCGCUCACCAGUGGUGAGGUUGAAGCCAGCGGUGCGGGUGCCAGUGGUGCUCCAAAUGACAGUGGUGCGCCCAGUGCCAUUGUGGGUGUGAAGACACCACUGGCGGAAGGAGGAGGGAUGGCUACUCUCAACCAACUGGCUGUCACGCUCUUGCUGUACGGCCGAACAGAGAAAGCCCUAGAGGUCCUGUCGGACCAGUUGGCACUCAUUGGCCUCAGCAGAAGCGACGGUGGUGGGAGCCCCAGCACCAGCGCCACAACCCCUUCUGUCCCUUUUGACACAGACUCCCUUGCCAAUCUUGCCGCGGCUCUGCUGCAUGUAGGGAGGUACGAGGAGGCGGCAGCGUGUCUGCAGGCAGUGCUGCGGAGGGAGCCGCAGCACCCUGCCGCUCUCUGCUCCUACUCCGCCCUGCUGCUCGCCACACAGUGUGGCCACGGCAGGAAGGUUGGUCGCAUGCAGCAGCAGGGACGGCAACAGCGGCAGCAGCGGCAGCACGAGGAGAAGGAGAAGGAUCGAGCUCUGGUUGUUGGUGCUGAUGUGACGGAGUCAGCAGCUAGUGAGGCAGCGGCAGCGGCAGCAGGGGUGUCAGCGCAGCAGUGUGCAGCAGCAGCAGUGCAGCUGCUGCCCAGUUGUGCCUUCCUCUGGUGCAACCUCGCCCAUGCUGCCACCCGCACUGGCAGCUGGAAGCAUGCCGCAACUUGCAUGUCCCAGGCUCUCAAGCUACAGCCCUCCAGCACGCCUCUUCGCUUUGCAGCAGCAGCCCACCGCAUUGCCUCUGCGGCCGCCGCCCCUCUGCCGCUGGCCCUGGCCACUCGCCUCAUCCGGUGCAGCGUUGAGGAGGUGGCGGACUUGCUGGGGGUGCCAGCACUGGCGUAUGGGGUCAACGAAGUCAACGGAGUCAAUGGGGUGAAUGGGGUGAAUCGGCUGCACCACCAGCGCGCACUGGCACAUGUCCCCAAGUGGAUGGCAUGGGAGGUCGUGGCACAUGCGCAUGCUGCUAUCGAGCGGAGGGCGCUAGAAGAAUUUGUGACUAAACGGGGGGAGCUUGUGACAGAAGGGGAGGAGCUGGUGACAGUAUCGGGGUGUGCUGUAAAGAGUGAGAAUAUGGAGGAGGCUGGGGUAGUGGAAGAGGAGGCAAAGGGUGAGGAGCCAAAGGGUGAGGAGGGAUGCAAAGAGGAGGAGGGGGGGGGUGGGAGUGGGGAGGUGGUGGAUGAGGAGUUGGCAUGUGUUGUGGUGCAGGCAGAAGAGCUCAAGCUGGCAGCGUGGCAAAAGCAGGCGCUGACUGCAGCAGCAGGAGCAGGAGCAGGGAGCGGGGCCCAUCAGCUGGCUGUGCAUGCGCUGCACUCUGCGAUUGAGUCGCGCUCUUUUGACGUGGGGGGUGCUGCUGAGAUGAGAAAUGAUGCUCAAAAGGGAGGUGACGCUGUCAUGGCACUUGAGCCUUCGUCCACGGUGCAAUUUGCUACAGCUCGCUCGCAUUUCCUCAGAGCUCUGGCAACUAACCAAUGGUCCCCUGCCACGUGGACCUCUCUUGGCCUCUGCUUGCAGCUUUCGGGCCGCCUAGACGAAUCCGAAGCAGCAUAUACCCGUGCGCUACACUGCUCACCAUUGCACAGUGGCCCUCCCCCUCCUCCUCCCCCUCCGUCUGCUCCUCCUCCUUCUCUGACUCCUCCUCCCCAUUCUUCCCCCCAUGUGACCUGGGCCAACCUCUCUCUCCUGCUGCGCGCCCAGGGCCGCCUCUCAGACGCCCUCUCUGCUGCACACAGCGCCCUCCUCCUCGCCCCGGCGCACGCCCCUUCCCUCUGCAGCCUCGGCCUGCUCUCUGCUGCUGCUGGCCGCUGGACUGAUGCCGCGGACGCCUUUCAGAGGGCUAGCCAGACUCUUGGAGGGUUUAAGGGGGGGUUGGAGGGAGAGGGAGUGGAAGCUGUGAUGGAGGGAAGGGAUGAGUUGGGAGAGGGAAGGGGUGGGGUGGGAGAGGGGUGUGGGUUUGGUGUUGGUGGGGUGGUAGAGGUGGAUGAAGCUGUGAGAGAGGCUGUGAGGGUGAAUCUGCAGGUGGCUCUCAAGUGGCAAGCGCGGGCGGAGGAGGGAAGACGGAAGGUUGAGAGGAAGAGGCAGGAGAGGGAGGAGAGAGAGAGGCUGAAGGCUGAGAGGGCGGCCAGGAAGGAGGCGAAGGAGGUUCAGAAGCAGCAGAGGCUGGAACGGCGGGCGCAGAAGGAACAAGAGAGGAAGGAAAGGGCGGCUAAGUGUGAAGAAAAGAAGGUGCAAAAAGAGCAGAAGAGGUGUGAGCGAGAACUGCUGCUUCAGAGAAGCAAGGAGCAGCAGAAGGUUCAGCUCCUGGCUGAUUUUCGUACUUGUGGUGCCAUGGAUAUCGCUCCUGCUGCCCCCGCUGCUGCUGCAGAAGCUGCAGCCUUGGGUGCUGCUCCGAAGGCCGCACUGAUGGAUCUGAAUGAGAUGUGCGAUGAUGAGGGAGAUCUUUCUUCUUUGGGGGCAGUGACUGCUGAGGCAGCUGUGAGCGGUGCGGAGAAGCCCCGGGAUAAGGGCGCGGCGUUGAGACCAACAGAGGAGCGAAGUGCAGAGCUGGAAAUCAAGAAAGAAGCAGGGACGAUAGUUGGGGGGGUCAAGGAGGAGGUCUCUGGAACAGGUUCAGCAUCGCAGAGCAAGGAAUACCAGUCCUUUGCACACAAUGUUGCUGCGUCUGGAUUUUCCUGGGAAGUGUUCAAGCUACCACGGCCUGUCACGCUCCCCUCAAAUGGUGCCACGCUUCCCUCUGCUGCUGUGAUCAUGCCUUCUUUCGGCUCGGGUCAAACCUUCCAGCAGCAGCAACCACAGCAGCAGCAGUUGCAACAGCAACCACAGCAGCAGCAGGCACAGCAGCAGCAGCAGUGGCACCUGGGCCAACAACCGCAGCAGCAGCAGCAGCAUCAGGUGUUUAGACCCAGCCAAGAUAUGGGUGGGAUGCAGCAGUUAAGUCAUGCAGGGUUUGGGGCAGAAAAGAGGAAGUGGGAGGCCAACGGGGUCUCGGGCAGGUUAAAUGUUACCACCGGCGCCUACCACAUGGCAGCUGCUUGCAGGAAUGGCAUGAGGGAAGCCGCACCUGAGGCUGCUUGGAAGACACGUGCAUCUUCCGCAGCAGCUAACCCAGCACAAAGCAACCCAGCACUGAACAAGUCAGCACCAGCUAGCCCAGCACCAGCCAACCCAGCACCGGCCUACCCAGCACCGGCCUACCCCUCAUCAUCUGGUGCCAGCAUGACGCCGAAACGCAGAGUAUUGCUGGACCUGGAAAUGCCAGCCUGUGAGCUCUCCGAAACGGGGAGUGGGGGAAACAUGCCUCUGGGAGCGAGCACUCCCUGUGGAGGUAACAAUCCUGGUGGAGGUAACACGCCUUAUGGAGGGGCGAUGCCUGGUGGGAUGAAUGCUCCUUAUGGAGGGAGCACGUUUCCGGGGGGGGACAGUCACAGUUUUUACGGAGGUGGUAGUGCAGCCCUGGGGCAUGCAGCACUGGGGCAGGAGGCUGGACAAAGGGCACAGCAACCAGAGAUCACCUCGGAUCAGGCUGCUGAGCAUGUGGUGAAUGCAUUUCACGUGGUGCCUCGCAAUGCCGGAGGCAGGGAUGCAGGGUCGGACCGAAACUGCCUUCCUGACCUCAAUGAUUGGCUGACUGCCUCCUGACUGACAGCAUGGUAGCUGGCGGCGAAACGUAUGGAUGAGCAACUGCUCCAUGCUGCUGCUUAGGGAAGGUUGACCGAGCAUUCCUAGAUCAAUAGGUUUGAUCUUGUAAUUAGGGCCCCCAGUCAGUCACCUACCUACCAGGUUCAAGAUGUGAUGGAAAAAUCUUGCAAGAUGGUUGGUUGACCUUCUGCAGUACCAGUAAUUCAGGCAAGGAUUGUUGA